AUGGAGAGUCCAAAAAGUGAAAACAAGAGUGCGGAUGACACAAUCCGCUCAGCUGACUCAUCCCCCGCAUCGAAUGUGAUGUGUUCUAUAUGCAACGAGUCCCUGCGCGCCAGUGACCAAGUUUGUGGCAUCAACACUUGUGGCCAUGUCUUCCACGAGAACUGCCUGAGCCACUGGCUAACUGGAUCCCUCACCUGUCCACAGUGCCAGGCCUGCUGCCCCAGACACCUCGUCUUCAGACUUCACCUAAACUUUACCUCAGUUCCGGAGACUGGGCAUGAGAAUCCUUCGGAGAUAAAGUUCUUCAAAAUGGAUACCCACUUUCAGUGGGUGCCCAUGAACCUGGAUGAGGACGCCACGACGGAGGACUCGUAUCUGCCCCCCGAGGGCGCUCUUCAGAGCGGAGUCAACGAGAACGGGAAUGCCUCCUAUGUGGCACGAGCCUACUUCAAUAACGAUCGGCUGCCCGCCCAUUAUGUGCCCAAGGAGAAGGUUGCCUACGGAGGGUGGGGCGGUGAGGCCUACGCGUUAACCGGUGGGGUGGAGGUGCUGGUGCUCAAGGACUGCGACUACGAGUGGGUGGAUGGUCAGCAAGGUAGCUACCCGGAGGAGGCGCUGCCCACGGGCUACUCGCACUGGGGCGAGGUCACCUACACGGGACGCGAUGAGUUGGAGGGCAUCAUGCGGCUGGGCAAGGUACAUCCCUCCCUCAAGCAGAUACUCAUACCUCACCGGCGACAGGAGGUCGGCGUCAAUGCCUACGAGGUGCUGGUGCUCACUCCUCGCAAGCGGCCUAAUCAAUGA